AUGCUCGCGGUAUUUGAGAAAAUCGCAAGAGCUGUGGUCCAACACAUGGACGCUGGUGGGGAUAUGAUUGCUGUCAGAAGCCUCACUGAUGCUGACAGAUUCCACUGCUUCUAUCUGGUGAAGGAGAGGAGACGUUUCUUUGGAUACCAAUAUGAUAAGAGAGACCUCACCCUGUAGGACAUCCUGGAGAUGGACAAGGGUGAAGGGCUGUUUGAUAAGCUGGUUCCUGGGCUCCAAGGUCAAGAGGUUAAGUCCCAAGUUAUGGACAGCGCAGACUCAAAGGGAAGUUUGACAGUGAAAUUACCCAAAGAAAAAACACUUGAAGUGGGAAUAACAUUCUCCAGGUCCCCAGAGCAGGGCGUCGAGUUAUCAAAGACCCGGAUACUCCAGAAAUUCCUGGAUUCCCUUAAGAACAAAAAGCUGAAGAGGAAACUGCCCCCUACGUUCCAAUCAAUCCAGGCGAUGAGAGAAGACCUUUAUCUAGUGACGGAAACUCUGAAGACCACAAAGACUGUAAUCCUGAAAAGUGAAAAGCAAUAUAUUUUGGGGGACCCGAUGAAAUGUUUUGGUCUCCAAUAUGAACACAAGCACCAAACGGAAGUGACCAUCACCCCUGAGAAGGUCCUGGGCUAUCGAGUAAAGCAGCUCGUCUUCCCCAACGCAGAGAGUAUGGGUACGUCCUGGAGUUUGGAGGAUUUCCCAAGCGUGAAGGAGAGGAUGCAGGACAUGGUGCGAGUCCUCCAGGAUCCGACUGAGGAGGAGCGAAAAGAGGGGCUAAGCUGCUUCACCAAGUGCCUCAGCAAGGAUGAAGAGCUGCAGGGUCUAGAGCGAAGAGUGUCUGAGGUCCGGCGUUCCAGGGAGCUACAGAUGGAAGACCCAGCAGGUUCUGUCAUAUGCAGCCUUUUUUACGCUGCUGGGAUCUUGAUAGAGGAGCACACAGAAGCCAUUUCGGAUUUCCUGGAUGACUUGAUGGAGCUGUCUGAGGAGGGGCAGCUUGUUGCUGAGGCCCUAGAUAAGGGGACCCUGCCCCUUUUGAAGGACAAGGUGGAGCCUAUCCUGGAGCAGAACCGGGGUGAGCAGCCCCGUGAUGUGGGCUGUGACCCUGAGGCACGGACUCUCUGUGCCCUCUACGUUGUUGUCUCCAUCCUGCUGCAGCUGGGUGAGAAGCCUACCUCUCUGUUUUCCUAA